AUGGUGCUUUCAAACAAGUCGUCACAUGGAGACUUGGGACCUGAUCCCACAGCUAAGCUUACCCCGAAAUGGAUUCCUAGAUCAGGAGUCAUUUCGCGUCUGGAACAGUUGAAAAUCAACUCGCCAGUAAACAGCGACUCAGAGCUAAACGAAUCGAACGAUACGAGCUCAAAUUUUGAGGAUUCUCUGGAUGCUGAAUCUUUCAAAGACCCAAUGCACUUGUCUAGAUUCUUUGAUGACGAGGAAGGGACCCUACGAACCUCGAGUCUACAGGCACAUGACGUUGAGAGCUUGCAACGAGAAAUAGUAUAUCUGCAAAUUCAGCUGAAGCUUAUGACCGAUAUAAUGAGAGAACACCUGAGCGAAGGAGAUAUGUUGGACAUAACGAGACUGGAAUCAGAAUACAGGAAUAAAGAGGCAAUUCUGCGAGAAGCCUUGAACACAGAAAAGAGCAUAACGGCGGAUUUGACUCAGGAGCUUGAGGAUAUGUUGACCUCUUUCCAGCAGUUCCAAGAAGAGGCGAAGAAAGCAAGCAAUGACCUGGAAGGGUUCACUUUGAGAGUGCUCAAGCUGGUGGAAAACCAGUCUCGUGAGUUCAAAUUUCAUAGCGUUAAAAUUCCUGAGAUAUCAGGUCCAGAUUCAGACAAAUUGCAACUAUUAGAGAGGUUUUUGGGCCAGUUCACUAGUGAAUUAUCCAAAAGACAUGCCAAACUCGAGCUUGACAUCGAUGAAUCAAAAAAGUCCGAUGAGAAUCUGAGAAACACGAUAAGUUCCCAAAUGGCUAUCAUAAAAGAGCAGGAAGAAGCUUUGGAAACUUUGAGAAGAACAAAUUCCAAAGAUUCCCAAGAAAUUUUGGAGAAGAUAGCUGCUAUGGAGCAGCUGAAGUCGGAGCAUGAGAAAACCAAGUCGCGGUUCUCUGCAAUUGAGGCUGAACUUACAGGAAAAGUGCGUGAAAUUGAGGAAUUGACAUCCAAACACAGAGAGACAAUGGAAACUCUAUCGUCGAAAGAAGCCGAGCAUGAAGAAUUCUUUGCCGCGAGCCAACGCGAGCACAAAUCUAGCAAAUCCGAGAAACAGGCUAUCGAGUUGCUCAAUCAGCAGAUCAAGCAGCUUAGAAAAGAUUUGGAACAAGCACAUACUGCUGAAGCCACCCUUAAUAAGGAGAGGACUGGUCUUGAGAGCGAGCUCAAUCGCACCAGGUCAGAGGUUAAAGCACAGAAUCUGCAAAUAUCUGCUACGACCAAUGAAUGCGACUUGCUAAUCGAAAGGUAUAUCAAGCUGUCGAAAAACCUCAUCAAAUCCUACUCCAAAGUUCUGGAUUUGAAGUCUGUUAGACAAGCUUUUCAGCAAGUUGAGAGGCUUUCGAACAGGAAAAACCUAGGGCUGGAUAUGGAAUCGAUCGCCCAGUUGCAGGAUAUCAUCUUCCAAUACCAUUCAUCCGCCACGCGAAGUCUGUGCGAAGAUUUUCUUGAAAUGAGUAUCAACUCAGACCGAAAAGGAGCUGAAGACAGCGCUACAAUUGCAGAUCUGCGGGACCAGAUACGACAACUCCAGAAGGAGAAUGAGGUUCUGAAAGGGGGAUUUCAAGAUCCGAAAGACGGACCAAUUCCGCCGAUUGCGCGUCUGAGAAUUGACGAAUUGACGAGAAAGUGGAAGGCGGAACGAGAAGCCAGGCUGUACGAGAGCGGCGAGGCCAAUAAGAGGUUGCAAGACCUGGAGCGCGAGAAUUCAUCUUUACGAGUACAUACUGCUUAA